GUUCUCCCCUGACUUCCGGUUUGCGCUGUCCUACAGCGGACCGGGAGGUUCCUCCUGCCCGAGACAGUUCAGCGGGAAGCAGAGCCUGCUUUGGCUCGGCCUGACAAGCCGGUGAAAUGGCGACUGCCGGGCCUUCGGGCAGCGGGAUGGCCCAGAAGACGUGGGAGCUGGCUAACAACAUGCAGGAGGCACAGAGCAUCGACGAGAUAUACAAGUAUGACCGCAAGCAGCAGCAGGAGAUCCUGGCGGCCAAGCCAUGGACCAAGGACCACCAUUAUUUCAAGUACUGCAAGAUCUCUGCUUUGGCUCUUCUGAAGAUGGUCAUGCAUGCUAGAUCAGGAGGCAACUUGGAAGUGAUGGGUUUAAUGCUUGGAAAAGUAGAUGGAGAAACGAUGAUCAUAAUGGACAGUUUUGCUUUACCAGUGGAAGGCACUGAAACCAGAGUUAAUGCUCAGGCUGCUGCAUAUGAAUAUAUGGCUGCAUAUAUUGAAAAUGCAAAGCAGGUUGGUCGUCUAGAAAAUGCAAUAGGCUGGUAUCACAGCCAUCCUGGCUAUGGUUGUUGGCUUUCAGGAAUUGAUGUCAGUACACAGAUGCUUAAUCAACAAUUUCAAGAACCCUUUGUAGCUGUGGUUAUUGAUCCAACAAGGACAAUAUCUGCAGGAAAAGUAAAUCUUGGAGCUUUUAGGACAUAUCCUAAGGGCUAUAAACCGCCUGAUGAGGGCCCUUCUGAAUAUCAGACUAUCCCACUUAAUAAAAUAGAAGAUUUUGGAGUGCACUGUAAACAGUAUUAUGCCUUAGAAGUAUCCUAUUUCAAAUCCUCUUUGGAUCGCAAGCUGCUUGAGCUUUUGUGGAAUAAAUAUUGGGUGAACACUCUUAGUUCAUCUAGUUUGCUUACUAAUGCUGAUUAUACAACGGGACAAGUAUUUGACCUGUCAGAAAAAUUAGAGCAGUCAGAAGCUCAGCUGGGACGAGGAAGCUUCAUGCUGGGUUUAGAAUCUCAUGAUAGAAAAUCAGAGGACAAACUAGCCAAAGCAACAAGGGACAGCUGCAAAACCACAAUAGAAGCAAUACAUGGACUGAUGUCUCAAGUUAUUAAGGACAAGCUUUUUAAUCAAAUUAAUAUUGGCUGAAGAAUAUCAUCAACUGAUACUUAUAUCCAGGAUAGAUAAGACAUGCCAAUUUGGACUAAUUUCAAAAGUGGAACUUGAGCCAAAAGGGAUAUUUUCAAUUGAUUUGUAGUACUUUAAAUCAUUCUUUCCCACUUCUUUGCCUAGUUUUAAGAACAAAUUCAAAGUUUAUUAUAGCUCUGUUCUUUACCCUAACAUUUUGUUGAUUGCUUCAAAAUAAAUAAAUAGGUUGUAGAAGUUUAGAAUUUAUCUGUGUCAGUCUGCAAUAAAUAUCUCUUAAAAUGG